UUGAUUAAAAGGCAGUUUGCGCGUGUUUGUGACGCUAAAUUUCCGACAGCAACGAAGACGUCCGCGGUCUUCCUCGGAGCAGUUCGCGCUCCAAUCAAGAGUAGUUGAAGGACUGCUCCGACGCGAAACGUGAUUCGAGGCGGGCAGUCAGGCAGCGGUAUAGUGCAAAAGCGAUGAGCAGACAGCAUGAAACACUCGGUGUUACAGACACUGCUCGAGCCGGCCACAGCGAUCGGGCUAGCCCACGGUAAGAAGUCCACCUGUGCCAACAACCGGCGAGAUGGUGGUUCCGGGCGCAGCUUGCUGCUAUCAGCGGACCGGUGUGGCCGAUUGCCGGUGCUCGGGUUCGCCUUGGUGUUCUGCCUCACGGUGUAUCUGUACUUCACGACCACCACCUGGACGGAUGUGCCCCAGAUGAUCGUCACCAUCCCGCCCGACGAUGCCGAUCUGCCCGGACCGAAAGAAACAGAACAAAAUGCAAUAAAAUGCACCACCCACCACGAGCAUCAUCACUACCCAUCACACCCACGCCAGCACCCCCCGGCCGACGCACGAGCGACGGCAGAUGAACUGCUGCGUCUCACUUCCAAUGCCAAUCGAAUAAUUCCAAUCGUUACCCAAACCGACGCACACCAUUCCGUGGCCGGAACCGUCACUGGCACCGCUCUCGCCCCCAAUGCCAUCAACGGUCCCGGGACGAUCGGCAACCCUGCUCCGUGGGCCACCACCACCACCGGACCGCACGAUCCGCGUGCGCCAGUGCCGAAGGGCUUCCUGGUGUGGGGACCGGGCUGCCAGAUCAUGGACCUGGACCCGCUGGCCAAGGACGUGAUGCGGCUGUUCAGCAAGGAGCGCUUCGUGCCGUGCAGUCCGAAGCAACCGCUGACCACGAUCGAGCAGCACUUCGAAAACGACACGGUCCUGGUGCGAUUUCACCCGGAGCGGAUGGAAUCGUAUAUGCCGCACUUCAUGCGCUACGUCCGGUGCUGCUACCAGAGCAUCGAACGGUCCGGCACGAAGGACAAGGCGGACAAGAACUUUUGGGUCGGUGAAUGUGUUGCCUUCAACCAAUCGUUCCUGCUUCCGGCGGCGGUGCGGACCGGAUUUCUGGUACGCUGCAAGGCUGGCGUGUCGGAGGGCAGCAAGUCGAAGAAGGCCAUCUACACCAACGCGCACGCCCUCGUCCGGCCGCUGCCGAGCGUCCAGGAGCGGCUGGAGAAGUUUAGCGGGCGCAGCGAGACGCGGCCCCUCAGUGUGCUAAUGAUCGGGAUCGAUAGCAUUUCCAGACUCAAUCUCAUCCGCGCGAUGCCCCAUACGGCGCAGCAUCUCUACAACACGGGCUGGUUCGAGCUGAAGGGUUACAACAAGAUUGACGACAACACAUACCCAAAUCUGAUGGCCAUCCUGACGGGGUACAACAACUCGCUCGCUUACUCCGUCUGCAACCCGCGGAAGGUCGGCCAACUGGAGGAGUGCCCGUUUCUGUGGAAGUACUUUGCCGACAGUGGGUACGCGACGGCGUACGCCGAGGACGAGGCGAGCAUCAACACUUUCAACUACCACAAGUACGGCUUCGUGGCGCAACCGACCGACCACUACUUCCGCCCGGUGGCCCUGGCGGCGGAGAAGAAUCUGUCGAAGAAGAUCAAGAACUCGCUCACGUUCUGUCUCGGGUAUCAGAACUACGCCGAUUACAUCUACCAGUACGCGCUCGACUUUGCCACACAGUACCGGACCGAGCCGUACUUUGGGCUGUUCUGGACGAACACGUUCAGUCACAACGACAUCAGCGAUCCGUCGUCGAUGGACCUGCGCAUGAAGUACUACCUCGAGCAGCUGGACGAGCGGGGAAUCCUGAAUAGUAGCAUGGUGGUGUUUUUCAGCGAUCACGGGUUGCGCUUCGGUCCGGUCCGGAUGCUGCUGACCGGGUGGCUGGAAGAGCGGCUACCGUUCAACUUCAUCUGGCUGCCGGAAUGGUUCCGCGAGGAGCACCCCGAGAUCGUGCAGGCGCUCAAGAUCAACCGCAACCGGCUCACGAACCCGUACGACCUGCACGCCACACUCAAGCACGUGCUCGAGCUGUCCGGGCGCAUCGAUAAUCUGCCGGGGCCGCUAAGCUGCCCAAACUGUCAGAGCAUCUUCACGGAGGUACCGUGGAACCGGUCGUGCGAGGAGACGGCCAUCGAAUCGCACUGGUGCACCUGUGCCAACUUUAAGCCCAUCGACAAGCACUCGGCGAUGGUGCAACGGGCGAUCGCGUUCGUGAUCGACUACGUCAACGUCGAUCUGGACCGGCACCGGAACAGCACGACGAGUAACUACGCGUGCGCCAAGCUGACACUCGGAGCCAUCACGCUCGCCAAGAUGGCCCGCCAGCCGAAGGGAAAGCUAGCGUACAACGACUAUCUGUUGAUCUUCGAAGGCAAACCGGGCGGCGGCAAGUUCGAGUCCACCGUACGCCACCACCUGGGGAGGGAUGAGUUUGAAAUUACCGGCUCCAUCAGCCGGCUGAACGAGUACGCCAGCCAGAGCGAGUGUAUGCACGUGGACUACCUGCGAAAGUAUUGCUACUGCCAGCGGAUCAAACUCUUCUAAGCGCCGGGUUCGGCAAUCGAACGACGACACAGUUGCCGUCGGGUGCAAGUUCCUUAAGUUGUAGCUAAAGUAUUACACAGCAACAGUCUGGUUUUGUUGCUCUUACGGCCUAAUUCGCUGAGCGUGCAGAAACCAAACCAAUCGAUCCUGAUGCAGAUUUUUUGAGGUAUCCCAAUCCCGUCAUUCCACGAUAAGACACCCCGAGUUUCCCCGAGAUGUUCGCUUUCGUGUCAGUUCUUUACCGAUUCUGUACCGCCCUGCUUUGUAUUAUCUGCCCUAAGCGGGAAUCAAAAUAUUCUAAGAACCACUCGACGUUCCUUUGUUAGUGUAGAAUGUUGGCCACGGGGCAAGGAUUGUGGCCGAUGGCGUAGAAACUCGUAGCAAUAGCGCAGUAGUAGAACUUCAGUCGUAUCAGUGCCAACGAAGAGGCCGGUCGGAAGAAAGCUAGAUGAGUAAUGAUUUAGUGUAAUACAAUGCGCAGAAUGAAGAGUUAAGCUUAAGAACUGAGUGAGUAGCUUUAGCGUGUAGCUUGUAGAUGGAGCUACAUAGACAGAUCUAGGGAAUACCCACGACCACUGAUGGGGACAGUUUUCCGUUGAAAUUGACAACGCUUAGAGUACGUACUACAAUUUACCCCAAGGUAGUAAUGAAGCGAGUGGUAAUCUACAACCCCUUCGUUCGGCCCUGAUGCCGAAUGGUAUUACUGAAGGGAUAAUUUAGCGUGGACCAAAACAUGCUUAGAGAAGAGGUGAUGUCCCGUGUCGCAUCGUAGACAAAUUAUUGAACUUUUGAGCAACUCAAUCCGUAACGGUUCUACAUUGACCCAUAAAGUAAGAUAGCAUUUGCAUCCAAUGCAAUUCGUACACACCAAGCACAAGCGGAGCGAAGCGAAGUAAGGCGAAGUUAACUGGAGUAAACCCGCCCAAACCUGCUGUACAUAGUAUUACCAACCCGGUUCCGCGCUUUUGUUAAUAUAUCGAAUAGUGAAAAAUAUACAACCGAAGAUCUUACGGCAAGCGCCAAACCAAAACGCAGCCAUUAAAGCGAUGGAUCAAAACAGAUGAAUACUAUUUUACCAUUUUUUGUUAUA